CUUCUUCUUCAACAACUAUAUAAAAACUAAUACCCUGUUAAACCCUAGCUACCACACGGCUCCUGACCACUUUCUCUUUUCCGUCUCGCUGUUCGUAGAUCCUCCGAGGUGUUAAUUUGAGCUUGUGAAGAUGCUUGUACUGUUUGAGACACCUGGUGGUUUCGCCCUUUUUAAAGUAUUAGAUGAAGGAAAGCUAUCAAACGUUGAGGAUUUGGGCAAUGUGUUCUCGUCUGCAGACUCAGCACGAAAGAUGGUGAAGCUUAAAGCUUUUGACAAGUUUGACAACACCUCUGAAGCUCUUGAAGCUGUGGCUAAAUUGCUGGAGGGAGCUCCCAGCAAGGGUCUCCGCAAGUUUCUGAAAGCUAACUGCGAAGGUGAAACCUUAGCUGUGGCUGAUUCGAAGCUUGGAAACAUUAUCAAGGAGAAACUGAAGAUAGAUUGUGUCCACAACAAUGCUGUUAUGGAGCUGUUGCGUGGUGUGAGAAGCCAGCUUUCCGAACUUAUAUCUGGGUUAGGUGAUCAAGACUUGGCUCCAAUGAGCUUGGGGUUGUCUCACAGUCUUGCUAGAUAUAAACUAAAGUUCAGCUCUGACAAGGUUGAUACUAUGAUCAUCCAAGCUAUUGGUCUGCUUGAUGAUCUUGACAAAGAGCUCAACACUUACGCUAUGAGGGUUCGUGAAUGGUACGGUUGGCAUUUUCCCGAGCUUGCUAAGAUCAUCUCUGACAAUAUCCUUUAUGCCAAGUCUGUUAAAUUAAUGGGGAAUCGGAUUAAUGCAGCCAAGCUAGACUUCUCUGAGAUAUUGGCUGAUGAAGUUGAAGCAGAACUAAAAGAAGCUUCUGUGAUAUCUAUGGGAACUGAAGUCAGUGACCUUGAUUUGAUGCACAUCCGGGAACUCUGCGACCAGGUCCUGUCCCUCGCCGAGUACAGAGCUCAGCUUUAUGACUACUUGAAGAGCAGGAUGAACACAAUCGCACCGAAUCUGACCGCCCUCGUUGGAGAGCUUGUCGGUGCUCGUCUAAUUUCUCACGGUGGUAGUUUGUUGAACCUCUCAAAGCAGCCUGGUAGCACGGUUCAGAUUCUUGGAGCUGAGAAAGCCCUCUUUAGAGCCCUCAAGACCAAGCACGCCACUCCGAAAUACGGUCUAAUCUACCAUGCUUCUUUGGUUGGCCAAGCGCCACCGAAGGGCAAGGGUAAAAUCUCACGGUCACUAGCUGCUAAAGCCGCUCUUGCUAUCCGUUGUGAUGCUCUUGGUGAUGGUGAAGACAACACUAUGGGAGUGGAAAGCCGUUUGAAGCUUGAGGCACGGUUGAGAGCUCUGGAAGGAAAAGACUUAGGACGUCUGUCUGGCUCAGCUAAAGGCAAACCAAAGAUUGAAGUGUAUGACAAGGAUAAGAAGAGUGGAUCUGGAGGUCUUAUCACUCCUGCUAAGACUUACAACACUGCUGCAGACUCUCUUCUUGGACAAACUUCCACAGCUGAGAACGGUGUCAAAGAGAAGAAAGAUAAAAAGAAGAAGAAGAAGAAGGCUGCUGAUGCAGAGGAAGAAGAAGCCAAGACCGAGGAACCGUCUAAGAAGAAGUCGAAGAAGAAGAAAGCAGAAGUAGAAGCUGAAGCGGAAGAGCCCAAAGCAGAGGAACCUUCAAAGAAGAAGAAGAAGAGAAAACACGAGGAAGAAGAAACAGAAAUGCCUGCCAAGAAGAAAGAAAAGAAGGAUAAGAAGAAAAAGAAGAGCGAGGUCUGAAGUUAAGAAGUUUUUUUUUUUUUUGAAUGUGUACGCUUAUUAUCUUUAUAACGUUUUCUCAGGAACACAAACCCACAAAAUGUCCUGUUUUUGUUUUGCUCUUAAGAACUUGCUCAUGGUUUUGUAAGGGAAGGUAUUGUGUUAUCAUUUUCCUAGAAACUUAAAUGAAGCAUGUGACAACGCUCAGCAUCUGAUA